AUGUCUUGGCUACUAAAACAAGCUGAAGAUAUUUUAAAUCGAGUAGAUCAACAAACAAAUGCUGCACUUCAUCAACAGACUUCAAAAUUACCACCAAAACAAAAUCAAGUUGAAAUCAUUCCUGACAUUCCUUCAUUUACUUCUUCAAUACCAUUAGAUCAAUCUAAUAUAAAUCCUAUUCAACCGAAUCGUCCUCCAGUAAUACCAACACGUCGUCCUAAAAAGAAAGAUGAAUCUGAUCUUAUGAAUUAUCUUAAUAGUUCAACACCAAUCACUACGAAUGAAACAAAGAAACCAACUCGUAUUUCAUCUUCUAACAAUAAAAGACGAACUAGUAGUUCAUCUAGUAAUCCUAUUGAUGAUUCUCAACUAAUAUCAUCUCAUAAUAACACAAAAGAACUUGUACUAAAUAUUCCACCAAUAGAAGAUUCUAAUAUACAUAAUUCUGAAAAAGAUUUCAUUUCUUCACUUCAAGCUCAAAUACAAAUAUUAAUACGUGAUAAACAACAAUAUGAAAAUGAAUUAGAGUUUUAUAAACGUCAACAAAUUCAAUAUCAACAACAAAUAGUUGAAUCUGAUGCUUUAUUACGUGAUUUACGUUCACGUGAAUCAGAUUCGACAGAAGUUUUAUUAGCAAAAGAUUCUCAAGUAGCUUUACUUCGUGUUCGUUUAGCUGAAACUGAUAGUUUAUUACAAACAAAAACUAAUCAAUACGAACAAUUACAAAAUGAAUAUUCUCAUAUGUUACAAAAUUCAUCAAGUAUGCAAUCCGAAUCAUUAGAUUUUUUUAAAUCACGUAUAACACAAUUAGAACAUGAAUUAGAAAGAAAAAUAAAUGAAAAUGAACGUUAUAAUAAUGAAAAUGAACAAUUAAUUGAACAAUUAAAAUUAACUGAAAAACGUUUUAAUGAUGAACAUUUACAAUUCUAUGAACAACAACAACAAACAAAAUAUGCAAAAAAUUUAACUCAUCAAUUAGAACUAGAUAUGAAUGAAUAUAAAACUAAAGCACAAAGAAUUUUACAAACAAAAGAUAAAUUAAUUAUGAAACUUAAAGAUAUUGUACAACAUCGAAGUAGUACACCAACUAUUGGAGAUCAACAUGAAACUGAAACUAUCAACACUCAAGAUGAUUCUACUAUUCUUGAUAUUAGUCUCGUCGGAAAUUCAUCCUCAUCCAUAGCUUCUAAUUGGGCAUCUAUUGAAUAUGAAGAAAUAAAAAGUGAAAAUGAAUUAUUUAAACAAGAAUUACAAGCACGUGAAUUAACAAUUCAUACUCUACGUAACGAACUUCAAGAAGCUGAAUUAUUAAUUCAACAUAGUGAUGAACAAUAUCAUGAACAACUAAAUCAAUUAAAUGAACAAUUGAAAGAUGGACGUUCACAUUUAACAUUAGCUGAACAAGAUUAUCAUAAAUUAAAACAAGAAUUAAUUUCUGUCAAUGAUGAUUUCCAUAAACAAAAACAAGUUUAUCAAGGACAAUUAAAUGAACGUGAACAUGAAAUUGAACGUUUACGUUCACAAUUAACUUCGAAAACAAUAAAUCAUGUUAAUGAUGAUGAAUUAGAAAAACGUUUACAAACAUUAACUGAAUCUUUAAUACAUAAACAAACUAUAAUUGAAACAUUACAAACAGAUAAAAGUUCUUUAACCAUGCAAUUAGAACGUUUAGAAAAACGUUUGGAUGAUUAUGAAACAAUAACAUCAAAAAAUUCAUUUCAACAAUCAUCAAAACCUUAUUCAACAACAUCAAUACCAAUUGAUGAUAAUGAACAUUAUGAUAAUUUACGUUAUCGUAUGCCAUUAUUACGUGAAACACCCUAUGAUGUUGAUUUAACGAAAAAAGUUAAACGAGCAGCAAAUGAACUCGAUAGACUUGGUAUUCGUUUAACUAUGUUUCUAAGGCGUUAUCCAAUCGUACGUCUGGGUGUUUUAUUCUAUGUUAUACUUCUUCAUUUAUGGACAUUUAUUGUACUUUUUACAUAUACACCAGAAAGUCAUAGCAAUACAAAUUCAAUUAAUUUAAAAGAUAAACUUUAA